AUGUCCGUCAUGGGCCAAAUAAACCGGAACAUACUCCCUGUUUUGUCCAGGAGGGACGUCGAGGCGCUGAUAGCCCAGGGCCGCAAGGUGUUCAUUCUCGACAACUUCGUCAUUAAGGCAGACGCGUGGAUUCCUUACCACCCGGGCGGUGACAAGUCAAUCCUUCACAUGGUUGGCCGAGAUGCCACAGAUGAGGCCACGGUUCUUCACUCGAUCGAGGCAGUUCAACGUAUGAGCCGCUACCGUAUCGGGUCUAUUCAAGGCAGAUGGGAGAACUUCAUCCCGCCUAUUCAGGGUGGCACGUUUCGUGCUCGCUCUGACGGCGACCGGGAUGCCUGUCAAGAUGUCGAUACCGCACUCCCUCCCGCCUCUUUGCACCGCUCGAGUGUACCUGAAAGCGACACUUCCGACGACAGCGGCCCCGCGCGCCGAGAGAGUCGCACCGCAGCCAAUACACUCAGUCCACCUACUGUAUCGUCCGUCUCUUCCGCCCAUGCGGACGGCGAUGCCAUGGCACACCUCGAUUGCGUCACGAAGCAGAAGAUCUCCCUCGACCUCGAGACGUACCCUUCUUUGGACCGGGCCAACCAGGACGCCAUGGUGGCCGCUUACUGCCGCCUCGACGACCGCUUGAGAGCUCAGGGGUCAUAUGACUGCAACUACAUGGCGUAUGUCGUUGAAAUCUUCCGAUGCUCCAUGCUUUUCGCCGCCAUGCUGCUUUUCUUGCAUUGGGGCUUGUUCGUGGCCAGCGCAGUCUGCAUGGGGGCCUUCUGGCAUCAGAUGUCGUUUGCUGCCCACGACGCUGGCCACAUAGGCAUCACGCACCGCUUUCACAUAGACAGUGUCCUCGGUAUCUUCAUCGCGGAUUUUAUGGGCGGUUUGUCCCUCGGCUGGUGGAAGAAGAGUCACAACAUCCAUCAUAUCGUCGCUAAUUCGCCCGAGCACGACCCAGAUGUCGAGUACCUACCCUUCCUGGCUAUUUCGCAUAGGUUCUUGGCCAGCCUGAGCUCCACCUAUUAUGAUCGGAUAAUGGGUUACGAUGCUGUGGCAUGCUUUUGCGUCAGGUUCCAGAAGUACUCAUACUACCCACUGCUAGCCCUUGGGCGCUUCAAUCUUUAUCGUCUUUUAUGGGAGUACCUCCUGACGGGCCAGGCCCCUCGAAAAGGGCCGUCAUAG